AUGGCCAAAGACAAGGAUGCCACUACGCCACCUGCCGUAACCGAGGAGAAGUUUUUUAUGGCUAUCAUCGGACGGCUUGAUGGCAAGAUCGACUGGAAGAAGGUCGCCAAUGAGUGCAGCAUUGUCAGCCCCGCUGCUGCGCAGAAGCGCUUCUCGCGUCUCAAGGCCAAGCACGGCCAACUCGGUACAGCAUCUUCGAAAAAGGCCAGCACUCCGGUCGUGGAGAGCGACGACCCAGAGGAGAAGCCGAAGAAGAAGAAGGCGCCACGCAAGACCACCAACAAGAAGCGGAAGGUCGAGGUGACUGAGGCCGAGGACGGUGAGGAGGAGAUGCCGGUCAAAGGCGAGGACGGAGAGGCUUGA